AUGCUUUUGCAUUAUUGUGAAGAGACUAUCAAUUCUAAAUUUUCUGAGCAUUGAAACUUAAAAGCUCUUAAAUAUUUAGUUAAUUGUAUGCUAUGCUGGUAUUCAGAUAAAUGAAGUGAAGGAAUUAAUUAUAUCAAUAAAUAUUGAGAAUUAACAUUGCAAUAUAGUGAAUAUGAUAACAAAGACGCUCAUGAAUGCUUUAAAAACAUAGUAGCUCUAUAUACGCGCCAAGAUUUAAGUUAA